AUGGUGCAGACGUUGAUGGCUGAGCUGAAGGUGCUGAUCGGGAAGCGGAUCCCGCCACCGUCAGCACCCAUCCAGCUCGCAUACACCCAGCCCCAUUACACACGGAGAGACCUCAAGGCGAACCUUCACAGACACAUGAGUAUCGUAUUAGACAGGUCAUGCAAGCGGCGUGCGCGAAACGGACACACGAGGGCCUUCAUGGAGGAUAGACGUUGUGCAACAUGCGAAGCCCUAGGGCGGCGCAGUCUCACCAGCAAGCUGCUCCAGGUGGCUACUGCGCAGGCGCACAUGAAGACAUGCACUCACUUCACCCCGACGACGGGACAUGUUCACGAUACGGAUCUCGCCUCCCGCGCUCUCGCCGCCAAACGACGGAAAUCCAUCGCUGGUUUCAAGUUGAGCCUCUCCUCCGAUACGAACCCAAAAACAGCACCAGCGACAACAAACAAAGGAAACUGCACUCGCAGAAACACAUGGUGCUCGUAA